CAUUUUUUUCAGCAGAAUUUUGAACGCAAAAGAACUUAAUUUUUUGCUCUUCGAGAUUUUCUUCAAUUUUCGUUGUUUUUCUAGGUAUUUGUGCAAUGAUUUUUUGUUUGUGACUUCUCUGCAAGUUCACGAAUUAGUUAGUGAGUGACUAAAGGUGAAAAAACCCUCCUAAAUUGGCAUUUUAUAUACAGCAAGCUGCGAUUUUCCGGUUUAAUUUUGCUUUGAUUGGCAAACCAGAGGAAUUGCAAAAAUCAAGAGAUUAUGAUGGAUCGGGAGGCCAGUGAUAGCGAAGGGGAAGGAGUGGAGCUGGAAAUGUGGUGCUACACAGAUCCCAAGGGGAAACCACGGGGCCCCUUUCCCUGCUCCAAAAUGCUUCGCUGGCGUGCCUUCUUCUAUCGCAGCACCGUCGUUUGGCGCUACGGAUCCAAGAGGCAGAUCACCUUCGAAGAUUUUCUGCGCAUUCACAAAAUCCACCCACUGUGGACGUACUUCGAUGAGGAGAAUGAACCCCUCAUUGAGACCAAAGAGACUGACAGUGACGGUGGGGGAUCAGACAGUGAGGGAGGAACUGAGGCUGCGGCCAGGAGAAAGUUGAAUUUCGAGGCAAAUAUAAAUUCCGACGGGAGGGACAAUACAGAUGAGGAUUCGGAGGGAAAUGGAGAGAAGAUUCGAGGUGAGGAGUGUGAAGAAAUUAAGUGGAAUCAAGCGAAGAUUUCCAGUCCUAAGACGAUCUCAUCCAAAGAAUCAGACGAUAGUUCCCGUGGGAGUUCUUUGUGUGAUCAAGAUGAGGAAAGUUCAGCAGAUUCUGAGGAAUAUCAGGAACUUCAAAAUGCAGAUGAAGUAAAAAAAUUAAACAAAUCUUUUGGCUUGGUGGACAUAGAUGUGGAUGUAAAGAUCACGGAUAAUCUUCCGGAUCGCUACGAAAAGUGUGCUGAAGUGGGGAAGAUUAAUCCAUCGAAUCCAUUGGAAUUCAAACCCUAUCCGAAAGAGAAUAAAGCUUCUCCGGUUGCUUCACGAAUGUCGGGGAAGGAGAACGUUGAGCCAAUUGAGGAAAUUCAGCGACCACAGAUGUAUCCUCAGGGAGCUGGUAGGGGCUACACACAGAUACCGCAGAAUUGGAAUUUCCGUCAAAUGGGAAGUCCUCAGCCCUAUACGCCAGUUGAGGCUCCUAUAAACUACUACAGAGCCGUUCCACCACCAUUACCUAUCUACAUGACAAAUCCACCACCUGUUGCUUGGCCGAUGAGAUCAAUGGAAGGACCCCAGAUGGUGGCAAGUAGCGCCCCUGUACAUGUUCCUCCUACAUUCUACUACGCCUCUCAGGGACAACCUAUUCAGCCGCAUAUGAACACACGUGCUCUGACCUACACCUCAAAUACUACACCACACUACCCACAACAGAAUAUCCAGCAGCAGCCCUAUCCACCAACGAAUCAGUACUACGCGCAGAACUUUCGACAGAAUCAGCAGCAACAGAACUAUCAGCAACAGAACUAUCAGCAACAGAAUUAUCAGCUGCAGAACUACCAGCAAAACUACCAGCCUGGUGCUGUGCAGGAAUUGCAUCAGAUGUACAAGCAGAGUAGUGGUGGCGGCAAUGAAAAGGGCAUGGGGGUAUUCUGUGAGAAUCUCAUUCAAAAGUACAUCAAUAUCACGGGGAAUAAAAUGCAGGAGCUCUAUCAGGAGAAUGAGAAGCUGAAGAUGCACAAUCAGGAGCUGCAGCAGAAGAAACCUCAAAGUAUUCCGGUUAAUAACGAGAUAUCCUUUGCAAAAAUGGUGUCAAUGGACAACAAAGGCAAUGACGAGAAUGGAGACAAGAAGGGCGAGAUAAAGAGUUUCUGGGACAAUGUGCCAACGCCAAAGCCCACGUCGGUGCCAUACAAGAAGGGUAAGGGUUUCAUUGAGAAGGUGGAAAAGGGUGGCAAUAAAUAUCCAUCGGGCUACGUUGGUGAUGGGAUGAAGAAGAAAAAGAUCCAGGCAAUAGAAAAGGAAGGAGUUGAGGGAUUUAUCGAGUGGUGCUUGGAAACUCUAAAUUAUAUCUCGGAAAAUAAACUAAACGUUGAAGGUCUUCGAGUUGUACUCCAAGAGCUAGAAACUAUAGCCUGUGUUGAGAGAUACAUCAAAAUGUGGCUUGAUGACUUUAAUCCAAAAAUGUGGGUUCUAUUUAAUGAAAAGCUAAAGAAGUUCCGGAAAGAGGGGAUGUCAGAUGAAUUAAAUUCACCUGCUCGUGCUAAUCCCUAUGACAUAGAGCGACAAAAACAGAAGGAAAAGAUGCAGAAGAAAGCUGAACUCUUUGGGCAAAAUGUGGAUCUCAAUACGAUGAAUAUCAACAGACAUUUAACGAAAAUUCAACAAUUCGGUGGAAAGAAGGUAGGCGCUACAGCAAAGAUAGAGAAAUGAAUAAUUUUUCCAUAAGAAGAAGCGGGAGCUUUUUUUUUCUAAAACAAGAUGAAAUUUUCACAUUCUGACCAUUUUCUAAUUAUAAUGCGCAAUCAUUUGCUUUUACUUAACUUACUCGUUCAGUUCUUAAUUCAUUUAAUUUUUUUUUGCCAAAAUAAAUACCUUCAUGAAGUAUUCGCUUAAAACAUACCAAACAUAACGAAAUAUUCUCAUAAAAUAAUAAGAUGUAUUAAAUAAUACUUUUAAAUAUGAAAUGUAUUUUCAGCUCUUGAAUUUAUGUUCAAUCUCUGAAAUAAUAUGAUUUUAUUAGUUUAAAAUAUUAAAUAUAUAUAUAAUUCUGUUUGAAAA